AUGUCAGGCAUGCAGAUUCUGGCUUUUCUCUGCGGUGUGGCCGGGCUGGGUGCCACUAUCGCCGCCACGGUGUCCAAUGAAUGGAGGGCCACCAGCCGAGCAUCCUCAGUCAUCACAGCGACCUGGGUGCUCCAGGGUCUGUGGAACAACUGUGCUGGAAAUGCCAUUGGAGCGCUGCACUGCAGACCGCAUCACACUAUCUUACAGCUGGCAGGUUACAUCCAAGCUUGCAGGGCACUGAUGAUUGCAGCUAUAUGCUUUGGGUUUUUGGGUUCGGUGCUUGCACUUGUGGGGAUGAAAUGCACCAAAAUUGGAGGGAGUGACCAAAGCAAGGCCAAGAUCGCCUGCUCCGCUGGCGUAGUUUUCAUCAUCAGCGGUCUCUGCUCGCUUUCUGGGUGCUCCAUCUACGCACAUCGGAUAACGUCAGAGUUUUUUGACCCAAUGUUUGUGGCGCAAAAGUAUGAGCUGGGAGCUGCUCUCUUCAUCGGCUGGGCGGGUUCUGUCUUCUGCAUUCUGGGAGGCGUCAUCUUCUGCUUCUCAAUUGCAAAUUAUUGUUGUAAAAGCCCCAAACAGGUAAAAACUGUCUACAAGGGAGCGGCCUCACGCUCUCAUAUAUCCUCCUACGCAAGAGGGCAGGCGCAGUCUGCAAACGAGAGGCCGCCUGCAGCCUACAGCUCAUCCAGGACUCACUAUUUUGAUAAGAAUGCAUAUGUGUGAAAAAUGUGAACGUGCAAUAAAUUACAUCCAGUCAAAGCGUCUUCUAAAGUCGCAUAAUACGGCAACAUAACAGAAAACCACUGACGGUUUCUCUCUGCCAAAAGCAGGAUUACUGAUAUUGAUUUGUAGUUCACGGAGAAUUAGGCUGUUGCAGGGAUUCUGAAUUCAAAGUUUUCCAAAACAGUUUACCGUCUACGAGUCAUAUCUUAGUAGUUCUACUUUACAUUCACUGUUCAAAGAUUUAAACAGCAAAACAUCUGUUUGUCUUUAUUCAAAUAUUCAGAUCAUGUUAUAUUUAGAUCAUAAUAAGGUGAGUUUCUAUCUUAUGUACCUAAAUAUCAUCAUGUAUUUUGUAAAACAUUGGUUUUCUUGGUUGUAUUUUUAACUGCGUGUGACCUCUUCUUGUUGUUAAUUUGUAAUGGCAAUAUUUAAAACUGUGUCCAUUUUAUCUUGUUCAACAUGACAUAACCAUUAACUUUUGUUUUGUUUUGUUCUUGUAAUGUGCAAACCCGAAGAGGGUUUAAAAAAAUGUGUUAAUGAUGUGACGUGAAU